CGAGCGAACCUUCUUCCUCUUCUUCUUCUUCUUCUUCCUGCCAACAAUCGGAAACGGCGCCUCCGGAAGCAGCCAAAGUUGAUCCAUCACCUGCCGAUCGCCGUCUUCGUUCGGCUCUCUUUGUAUUGUAUUUAUCAUAUAAUCUCCAUCCGAAUCCUCUUCCUUCUCGCCAUCUCGUGUCGCUCGUUCGUAUUUAAUCGCUCGUUAUCCUGCCGAUCGACAUUCCGAUCCUCAUUCAUUAUCCCUUCUAUCCACUUCGAUCUCAUCUUCUACUCUACUCUACUCUAUUCCGAUCAAAAUGCGCCCCAACCUCAACCCCCUCCACACCUCCUUCCCCCAUCAUCAUCACCACCAUCCACGCCCUCAAGACCAAACCAGCCCGACCAGAAGCCCAACCAGUCCCGCCACCACCGCCUCCAUCUCGUCGCCCUCCCCCCCAACCUCCCCAUUCUACUACUCUCCGCCUCGCCGCCUCCACCACCACCAUCACCCAACCCACCCUCGCGGCCGCCUCCCCACCCGCGAUCGCCACGAUGACGACCCCCUCCCGUCUCACCCUCCUCACCACGCCCCCUCGACCCCAGGCUACAGCUACAGCGCCAGCCCCUCGCCAUCCAGCGGGCCCCGCACCAGGACCUCGCCGUUCCGCCUGAGCGCGCGCUCACUCUCGCGUCCCAUCUUUCUGCGACGACGGCCCUCGCGCGCAGAAGUCGCGCUGAGCGAGGAGCGGUGGCGCGCUCGCGAGGACCAGAUCGAGCGCCUCGGGCUGCAGAUGCUGGAGCCAAGGCCGGCACCGCCGAAUUCGUGGGCGGCGUGUGCGGAUGCCGACGCGGCGUUGGGGAUUGGGGGGUUUGCGGGGGGGGAGUAUCAAGGUAUGGGGAUGAGUAUGGAUGGGGCGGUCGAGAUGGAUUAUGAUGCUGGGUCAGGCUCGGGUUCGCCGUGGGAGAGGACGAGGUUGGGAGGGGGUUUGAGGGAGCAGAGGGUCGUGAUGGGGGGCAUUUUUGAGGUUAUGGAGGGGAGGGGGUAGUUUCUUGUCUGCCAUCUAUGGAUGUGCUCUCUCUCUUUUUCUAUAUCUCUCUCUUUUUCUAUAUUUCUCUCUCUCUCUUUUUCUAUAUUUCUCUCUCUCUCUUUUUCUAUAUUUCUCUCUCUCUCUUUUUCUAUAUUUCUCUC